AUGCAAACUAUCGAGAUAUUGUAUUUCAAGAUUAAAAAGAGUGCUAAAAAUGUUGCCAAAAGUGUUAAUAGUGUUGAUAAAGUGUUUGGUUUAGAAGAGUUGAUCUUCUCAUUCCUCGACAUCCAUGAGUUGAUACCUCUGGAGAGAGUCUCAAAACAGUUCCAGUUGUGCGCCGACUAUUGGUUCCGACAGCAAAAGAUACUAUCAUUUAAUGACAAUUACUGUGGAAUCUAUGACUUUAUGCCAGACAUUGAUUUACCAAACAUUGAGUACUUAGGAAUCGGUCACUUAGAGACUGAUUACCAGACAUUAUAUGAUAUUCUCGGAGCGUUUCAAUCAAUCAAAUGGUUAGAGAUCUGCGAUAUUAAGAAUUUUACGGUUCAAGAGUUCCGACAAUUGGGACAACUUUUGUCCAAAAGAGUCGCUAAAUUAAAUUCUUUGAGGAUUGGCUCUGAAUAUAUGGUUACAAUUGACACCCAAUUGGCGACAAAUCUAUUGGAAAGUAAUGCAAAACAAUUGCAGUAUUUAUAUCUGGAAAGCGUUGAGCUUAACGAAGAGGCACUGGAACUGGUCAUUGAUAAUAUGGCACUGAAAGGCUUUAUAUAUUCUUUGCCAAACACUACCAAUCAGUGGCAAUGUCUGCGAAAAGUGGCUCAAAAACAAUCAAACCUUGAAUUUCUGGGUCUCUAUAAUCAAGACUUUCGCGAUUGUGAUUACAAUACAAAAUCAAUGCAAUUCUCAAAAGUGAAUACACUUUACCUUAGAUACUGUGAACUCGAAGAACAUGCGUUUGUGUCACUAUUGAAAUGCUUUCCAAGUAUAAUGUUGGCAAAUAUUAAAAGGUAUUUCACGAGUAAAAAGAGUGCUAAAAAUGAAGCUAAAAGUGUUGAUAGUGUUGACAAAGUGUUUGGUUUAGAAGAGUUGGCGAUAAAUAUAUUCUCAUAUCUGACUAUCAAUGAGUUGAUUGGUUUGGAAAGAGUCUCAAAACAGUUCCAGUUUUGCGCCAACUAUUGGUUAAGACAACAAAAAAGCAUUGCAUUCAACGAGAAGUUCUGUGGAAUGGAUUACAAUAAGCCUAACAUCGAUGUCAUUCAUAACUCCUAUACAUUUCCCAAACAAUAUCUUAAGACCAAUUCUGAUGGAAAGCAAAGUCUUAUAAAAAAUAAAAAGCGAAUAAUAUUGUUGUCAAAAAAGUUACCAAACAUUGAGUACUUAGGAAUCGGUCACUUCGACACCGAUUACAAGACAUUAUGCAAAGUUCUCAAUGCGUUUCAAUCAAUCAAAUGGUUAGAAAUGUGUGGUUUGUGUGACUUCAAGGAUCAAGAGUUGCGACUAUUGGGACAACUCUUGUCGGGAAGAAUAACCAAAUUGUUGGGUUUUCGUAUUGUUUGGAAAGUGAUUCAAAUCAAUGGCAAUGUUUGGAAAGAGUGGCCCAAAAACAAACAAUACUUGAAUAUCUGGCUAUCGGUGGACAACAUUUCCGUGAUUACCAGUACUCGCAAAAUGGGAUACAAUUCCCAAAAACCCGAAGAAAUGGUUCACAAUCUGUGUUCAAAACAAUACCGGAUAUCUUAG